AUGGCAGUUGCAUCUCCUGUGGCAGCUGUGUCUCUCUUGGCGGUUGCGUCGCCUACGGCAAGGAUAGGCAGGCGUCUACUUGAAUGGAACAAACAAUCUACCAUGGAACUUUUUGAGUCUUUACAACAUGAAGCCGAGCCUUUGAAUCCUCGCGAGCCCAAUCAAGGACCCCCAGCGUCACGCACCUUGACACCAUCCUCUGUGCUUGCACCCCUCCGGGACCACAUCGCUGCGGAGAACAGGUUCCUGAAUACGGUCCGCUGUGGGCAGGUCACACCUGAUCUGUUGACGCAGGCCACAAAGUAUAUCCAGACACACCACAGCCUGGAAAUUCUCCAGUGCGUGUACCACUGUCCAGCUACUGGAAUAGCCUGUCCUUCCUGGAUUCCUCCGUGCCCGUGUCCGCCUUGGUGGUGCACACGUUACCGUGAGGCGCCAUGGGAAGCUUGUGGCAACCGAAAAUGGGUCGAGCCCGUUCCUCACAGCCUCUCCAGGUAUUUGAGCAGUCAUGGGGUAGCCUUUGACACUGUUGUUGAAGUUCAAAAGAAUGAGGGCAGAUCUGACUGGGCAAGGCCCCCUUUCUCGGGUGCCGGAAGCUGGUCAGCCCUCUUCACAACGGACAACCCUACUUAUCACACGGGUGAACCCCUUAUUUCUGUCAUUGCGUGCACGCUCCUGGGCUUCGAGGACCCCCGAGCAUUUGAGCAACUGGCCGAGGGGGCUGCCCAAAUUUUUCUCGCCUGGCUAACUGCCGAUGCAUCUAUCUCCAACGAUGAUCUGCGAAAUCUCCAGCGGCUGGUUGCCGAAGGAGAUCUGGUUCCUGCUUAUGGCAAUCCCGGAGAUUUUCAAGCGCGGUUUGUCAAGGAAAAUUUGCUAGCUUUGACUCGACAUUUCGAUCACGUACCAUCUUGCGGGCGGCCGUUGUUUCGAACUGAAAAUGGAUACAUCGGGACCGGUCCACGCUUAGUCCAGCCUGGUGAUGUCUGCUGCGUCUUGUUCGGUGGGAAAGUCCCCUUCAUCCUUCGGCCCGUUUCGGACCAUUUCCUUCUGAUCGGAAAGUCUUACGUUCAUGGCGCCAUGCACGGCGAGAUAAUAGAUCGACUUGAUUCCGGAGAAUUGGAGGAGAGACUUUUCGAGGUUUGGUGA